UCGUUGCUUAAACCCAGUUUUGUUUAGUUUAGUGUUGGUGCGCUUAUACGGUUCCAAAGUCACAGCGCAGAGCCGACAUGGAUGCUGUCUGUUCUCAAGCCGUCAACGAUACUCUCAACGCCAUCCGAAGCGGAGCGUUGACGGCCAACGGAUCGGACGAUGCGGCUGAUUAUUCUAUGCUGGAGAAGGCGCUAGGGGCGAAUUGCACCGAUUGGUGGCUGUCCAGCAUUAACCGGACGUCGAUGGAUUUCCUAGGCGACAACACUGGCGGCCCGAAUUCAUCGUUUUCGGAUAAAGAAGAGAAUCCGUCGUAUUUUUCAAGAGACUAUCGCCUUGUCGGCACGUUAUUUCAGGGAUUAAUUCUACUCGUAGGCGUCCUCGGAAAUCUACUCGUCGUCAUGGUCGUUUAUCGUACGCGCUCGAUGCAUUCACCUACCAACUGCUACCUGGUCAGCCUGGCGGCUGCCGACUGCGUCGUCCUCAUCGCUUCCGUGCCUAACGAGAUCCUAUCAUACUACGUCAUCGGGAGCCAAUGGAUUUGGGGGCCCAUCGGAUGCGCCAUUUUCGUUUUCCUUCAAAAUCUAGGAAUCAAUGCUUCGUCGCUGAGUUUGACGGCGUUCACGGUCGAGCGCUACAUCGCCAUCUGUCACCCGAUGAAAGCGCAGAGCGUCUGCACGGUCAAAAGAGCUAAAAAGAUUGUCGGCGGCGUCUGGGCUUUCGCGUUUUGCUACUCGUCGCCUUGGCUCGGUCUCACAGUCACCGAACCCAUCCACUACAGAGGUUUCCAAACGGUCGAGCGCUGCGCCAUGAAAUUAUCCCGCCAGGAAUACUUGGGUUAUUUCUUUGCGGACAUUGUGGUGUUUUAUUUGGUGCCGUUGCUCAUUUCGUGCGUCCUCUACGGUCUCAUCGCUCGCGUUUUGUUCAACGGACACUUUAACAAAUACCCGGAGGUCUGCCGGCACGACAAUCAAUCGUCAGUCGACCCUACUAAAAGCUCCAGAGUUCAGGUGGUGAAAAUGCUGGUGGUCGUCGUCGUGAUCUUCGCGACGCUGUGGUUGCCCUACCGCGGCAUGUUGGUCUACAACAGCUUCGCCACAAUGUACUCGCGAGCCAGUUUUAUGGAUCUGUGGUUUCUGAUGUUCGCCAAAACUUGCGUCUACAUCAACAGUGCAAUCAAUCCCAUCUUGUACACGGCCAUGUCUAUCAAGUUUCGACGAGCCUUCCAGCGGAUUCUUCUUUGCGGACGCAGCUCGCUCAAUCAGCAGAGAUCACCUGGAACUCAAAUGCGUCAUUUAGGUCACUUAGCCUGAAAGACGAAAACCAGCAAACUCCAUUCGUUUAAUUAACUUUUUUUAAGGAAGGGAGGGGGGGGGGUGUUGAUAAGAAAUGUGUCUCCGAGGUUCCCGCUAUUUUGUCUAUAUGUUACAUGCCAUCGUUACGCACGUUAUGUUUUACGUAAGUCAUCACCUGAAAAGGACGUAAAAAGAAAAAAAAAAUGCAUUUUCUUAUGUAACUUAACACGCACAACAGCAGUUGCCAUGAGUGUGUGCGUGUGUGUCAAGAGUCACCACGAAGCUCUAUCAAGAAACUGUAUGUAAUGAAUCCUUGUCGGGAUCGUUGAAUGUUUUGUACUUCCACAUUUGUCGCCCCUCCCCAUUUAGUCUUUCUCAGACAUUCUCUUCCAAUUGUUUACAUAACUUCAACCACCCUUGCCCGGUGUACACUAUGUAUCGUUAUUUACGACCGACUAAACUAUAUUAUGUAAUACACAAU